AUGGAACAAGUCUUUGGACAAAAAUUAAUGGAAGCAGCACAAAUUGCUGAAGAACAAGUUGAUGCUGAAUUAAAUCGUCUAGAAAAAUUAACUGAAAAUGAUAUUGAAAAAAUGCGUAAUCAACGACUUGAAUCAAUGAAACAAGAACAUAAAAAACGUCAAGAAUGGAUGGCUAAUGGUCAUGGUGAAUAUGAUGAAUUACCUACCGAAAAAGAAUUAUUUGAUAUAACAAAAAAAAGUGAACGUAUUGUUUGUCAUUUUUAUCGUGAUUCAACAAUGCGUUGUAAAAUUGUUGAUAAACAUUUAGAAAUUUUAGCACGAAAACAUAUUGAAACAAAAUUUGUUAAAUUAAAUGUUGAUCGUGCACCAUUUAUAACUGAACGUUUACAUGUUAAAACAUUACCAACAAUUGUAUUAAUGGUUGAUAACAUUGUUAAAGAUAGAAUUGUUGGUUUUACUGAUUUAGGAAAUCAUGAUGAAUUUUCAACAGAUAUUCUUGAAUGGCGUUUAGGUAAAGGUGGUGCUAUUGAUUAUAAAGGUGAUUUAACAUCACCACCGGAAGAUAAUCCAAAGAAGAAAACCAUAACUGUAUUUGGAAAAAAACCUAAAACAAUACGAGGUGGCAAUACUAAUGACGAUGAUGAUGAUGAUGAUGAUGACGACAAUUGA